AGAAAGUAUCUGCAUUGUUUCCCUUUCCUCCGCCCCUUCCUCUACUUCAACUCUCCCCUCAACAAAACAUGGUGUGAAUCGGUAUCAUUCAAUGGUCAUUGAUUUUGUUAAACGAUUACAGCCUUAGCUGUGCAACUCCUUCUGUUCCCUUUGCGGAAUCGCGACGAUGCGCGAAGUCACUUCCCUCCUUCUAAACUCAAAGUCGGGUUCGUUCGUGCGCCUGCGCUCGGUCUACCCGUCUCUUCCGCGAUGCCCUCGCAUCCUAAACUCCUUGCGCUCUUUUUCCCAUGAUUCUACCUCGGCCCCUGUUUUAGGUGGAAGCUCGAUACUUAGGAACCAUACUGUCUCUUGUGGUGGUCUCAGUACACAGUCUGCUUUCAGCGAGCAUGAUCUCCUCCUUCCUUCAUCUUCUACGGCCGCUUUCUCUACCAGCUCGCAGCUCUCGAACCUUAAUAAUGAUUGGGAAGAUAACGCGAACCUGUCAAUAGACGCUUUCUCGGAGCUUCCUUCCAAGGAUUUUGGUGUCAAUCAGCACAUGGUAAUCAACCAAGAGUUCAAAGAGGCCUUGCGUCAGAUCCUUUGGCAAUUCCGAGCGCCAAUCCGAUAUGCAUUCGCCUAUGGAUCAGGCGUCUUUCCCCAGUCUGGCAGUGCUCCUGGCUCUGGCCAGUGUCACCCGUCUGCUCCGGCUGCAAUCAAGAACAUGCAACAAGGCCAAGGCAAGAUGAUUGAUUUUAUCUUCGGAGUGUCGUACUCCCAACAUUGGCAUUCGUUAAACCUCCACCAACAUCGGGACCAUUACUCUGGACUAGGGUCUUUAGGUUCUUACGCUGUCUCCCAAACGCAAGAUAGGUUUGGCGCAGGCGUCUACUUUAACCCUUACAUCACUGUUAACGGCACAUUGAUCAAAUAUGGUGUAGUUAAUCUCGACACGCUAUGUCGUGAUCUUAGUCAGUGGGAUACCCUGUACCUUGCUGGGCGCCUACAGAAGCCAGUUAAGAUUCUACGUGAUCAUCCCAAAGUCAGGUUGGCAAACCAGAUGAACCUACUAUCAGCCGUUCGGGUGGCCUUGCUGCUGCUUCCCGCCGAAUUCACCGAGUUUGAGCUAUAUAGUACCAUUGCAGGGAUCAGCUACAUGGGAGACCUUCGCAUGGUCUUACCGGCAGAGGAUCCUCGUAAGGUUAGGAACAUUGUUUCAGGCCAAAUGGCGAACUUUAGGCGGCUCUAUGCACCACUCAUCGAAACCCUGCCCAAUGUCACUUUUAACGACAGACGGUGCACCGAAGGCGAUUGGAUCGAUGAUCCCCAUGCCAACGUGAAGCUAACCCAAGAUAUGGAUCCAGUAAAACGUGGGAACAUGGUCCGUCGGCUUCCGGAGUCAUUUCGAGAGAAGCUGUACUUCCAAUACCAGGCACGCUUUCAGAUACCCCGUGGGGACUUCAACAAAAUGAUGAAGGAGAGCAAUGACGCCGAUCAGGCAUUGAUCCGACGCAGACAAGGCGGUCCCUUCGACCAGCGUAUCGCAAGCGACAAUGCCCUGAAGCAGGAAGUCCAAACCUCCAUCAUGAAAACUAUCCGCUGGCCAAGCACUGUCCAGACGAUUAAGGGUCCGCUCACUUCGGGACUGCGCAGGACCUGGCGCUACCUGCGAGAAAAGCAAAACAAGUACAAGACUUCUGGCAAGCAUGCUAGCUCUCCAAGUGAGGAAUCUACCCCCAAGGAGUCUAAGCAGGAAUAGAUAAUUAUCACUCUCAUAUCAUGGCUAUGACUGAAGCAUGGCUUGCCGGCCGGCAGCCCUAGACAUCAUACAAGGCAUAUCCAGGCGUUGUGUUGGUUUCACAUAUAUAUAGUAUAAAUAUGUAUGUAUGUAUCUAGAAUACUUUCACUAGCAAUUACUAUAUAGCUCAUUGACAGUACGAAUAAAAAAUUUGUACAUAUACAGAAUAUUUUUUU